UUUAAAUUGAUGCUUUUGGGGUAACGUCGAUCCAUCCAUCUCUCUACACACACCAACCGGCGAUCAUGGAAUCGGAGGUGGUCGAGUUGGGCUGGCCCAAUCUCAGGCUGGUCGAAACCAUCUAUGAAGAAAACUCCGGCGACGAUGCCUCCUCCUCCACCACUUCUCCUUCAUCUCCUCCGCCUCCCUCCUCCCCUUCCGCCACCUCUCUCCGAUCCCGAGUUAAAGUUUGGUCCCUCAACAAUGGAGUUGAAACCAAUGUGGUCGUGCAUGUUCAAGGAUCAAUUUUUCACUUGCACAAGGAUCCUCUGGCUCGGUGCAGCGGAUAUCUGAAACGGCAGUUAACGGAAUCCUCCGAAGUUAUUAUCUCGCCGGAGUUAAAAAUAACGCCUCACACCUUUACUCUAGUCGCCGACUACUGUUACGGCGGCCACCUCUUCAUUACGCCCUUCAACGUCGCUCCUCUUUUACUGGCAUCCGAGUUGCUGGAAAUGACUGACGACGUCGAUGGAGACAACAACGUCGAGAAUCUCCGGCGAAAGACGGAGUCGUAUUUCUGCCGGACGGUCGUUGUUGACUGUGAGUAUGCGGUGGUGGUUCUACAGUCGUGCAUGGCUUUAUUGCCGGAUGUGGAGACGAGAACGGGGCUCGUAAGCAGGUGUAUAGAGGCUUUGAUUAGCUUAAAGCGUGAUGUUGCCGCCGGCGAUGUUUUGACUUGGUUUGACGGCGUUCAAGAGUUGUCCGGCGAGGAGUUUUGUUUAGUCGUCGGCAGCUUGCACCAGAGGUUGACCGGUAGUCAUGAUUUGCUUUACAGAAUCAUUGAUUUUUAUUUCAAGGAAAAUGGCGGGAAGAUGACGGAGGAGGAAGGAAGCAAGAUCUGUAACUACAUCGACUGUACGAAUCUAUCUUCUCCGGUACUCAUGCACGCAGUCCAAAACCCUAGAAUGCCGAUAAGGUUCGUCGUUCAAGCCAUGUUUAUCGAGCAACUCAACACACGGCGUUCCGUUUUCUCCGCCGCCCAGACCCUAAAAAGCAACAACCACCACCGCCACCCAAUCAAACAACCUCCCGACGCCACCUCCGUCACCCUUGGUGCGAUCCUUCAACGCGACGCCGCACUCCGGCAAGUGGCGCACCUGAGAGCCACCAUGGAGUGCACCAGCUCUCGUAUUCAAAGCUUGGAAGAAGAGAUUAACGGUAUGAGGAAUAUUCUAAACAAAUCGGAUACGGGUCAAGUGAAGUCCGAGAGUUUUCGGUUUAGCUCCGAGAGGAAGGUUGAGAGAGGGCAAAGAGGGUCGGUUUCUUCGGGUGGUUUUCGGGUGGUGGAGAUGGAAAACGAAUUGGACUAUUCGGGUGAUCCAGGGAGUCCAAAGCGUUUCGGGAAGCGAGUAAUGAACGGGUUAAAGAGUGCAUUUAGGAUAUCGGUUUUGGGUCGGACUCGGAUUGAAACAAAAAUGGAAAAGAAGAAAAAUUAG